ACCGAUCGAAACUUAAAGGAGACAAAGCAUACUCCGAUUGUUCGACGACGUGGUAGGCCAACUACGUUUUGGUGUACUUACUUCUUUGAUGGUGGCAGCACAUGGGGCACAAGGUGGGGGUACUUCAAACGCUUAAAAGGCCUUCCAACGUCCUUGUGACAUGCAGUUCUCGAAUAGAACGUAAUACCACGCUGUUCAAGUAGUUAAAGUAGCUGAAAAGUGCGGCAGAAAUUUUAUUCGGUUUUUCCGCGAUACGAUUACUCUAAUAAUAAUCGAGAUACCAGUGUUACGUCGAAAGAGAGAGCUUACAUUCAAGAAGUCAUCGGAUUUACGCAUUUUAGUGAAGAGAAGUGACUUUCGAAAGAGGAGUUUAACACCGAAUUCAGUGAGCCAGUGAAUAAACCAAGUGAUUAUUCAGCCAAUAGUUUCAAGUUCACUCUGAAGUAGCAACAAGUCCGAAGAAAUGAAAAAAGGAAGAGCUUUUAAGAUAUUUGCGACGUUUCUUUUGCUGGUCUUCUUCGUGUCGCCGUCCUCCACUUGGGCCCUUACUACGUUUGGAAAAACCAACCCCCAAACUCAGAACCAAAAUCCUCCACCACCGCCUACGCCAGUGGGAAAGGCUCGGGAAUGUAAAUUAGAAUCUGAUUGCGCUGGUAUUCAAAACACAACAUGUAUGGCAGACACUAGAGAUGGAAGAACGCGUUGUCUAUGCGGUGACUAUUCGGCGCCCCUUAAUGGCGCGUGUACCAAUAAAUACAAAGCUUUACAUACACCCUGUAACGAUGACUCUGAAUGCGUUGAUGGUGCACACUGCGUACAACGGAACACGACUAUGUCUGGAAAACGUUGUUAUUGUCAGGAAGGGUAUUACGAAGACUAUCCUUUGGCAUGCAACGGUAGUGCAUCCCUCACCUGUACAGUUCACAUAGUUCUCUUAGUUGUUUUAAGUCUUUGUACACAGAACUUAAGUUUCCUGUAAAUCCUUUGAAAUUUCAAAACAUUACUCCGAGAAACGUUAAUUCCGAAGCUACACGUGUUAAUUUUUUCUGUAUAUACAUAAAUCAACCAACAGCAUGAUACUGUGUAGUAUCAAGAAUUAAUUUUACAUCCAACGUAAUACAAGUAAUUGCAAUAAUAAUGUAAUUUUUAAGUCAAUA